ACGGUACCUCAACACGCAGUGCUAUCGCGGAGAUCAGAUAGUCAGCUGUGCCCUUGGAAAGCCCUGCUGCGGCUCAGUGUCAUUUCGCGGCUAAUACGGACUGUUUGCGCCUACCACGUUUUCUGCGGCUCCGCCUGCAGUCGCUGCAAACAAUACCACAGAUAGAAGACGCCAACAAUGGUGGCUGUCAACGAGAAGCCAGCGGCAGCUCCUGCGGUGCCGGCGUCGUGCGAGCGGCGCCGCAUCUCGCGCAACGUGGUGCUGCUCAGCCUGGCCUUCAUGCUGCACUUCACCGCCUUCCAGGGCGCCGGCAACCUGCAGAGCUCCGUCAACGCCGACGCCGGCCUGGGCACCGCCUCGCUGGCCACCAUCUACGCGUCUCUCAUCGUCAGCAACAUUUUCCUGCCGGUCGUCGUUAUCAAGUGGCUGGGCUGCAAGUGGGCGGUGGCGGCGUCCUUCGUGGCGUACAUGCCAUACAUCGCGGCGCAGUUCCACGCCACGUUCUACACGAUGAUCCCGGCGGCGCUGUUCGUGGGCUUCGGCGGCGGGCCGCUGUGGUGCGCCAAGUGCACCUACCUCAGCGUCGUCGCCGAGGCGUACGAGGAGGCCGACCCCGCCGCCGGACCCGCCGCCGACGUCCUCACCGUCCGCUUCUUCGGCAUCUUCUUCAUGAUCUUCCAGUUCUGCCAGGUCUGGGGAAACCUCAUCUCCUCAACAGUGUUUUCGCUGGGUUCGGGAACGCCCAAAAAUCUGACGGGAGACCUGGGUGACGUGUGUGGCGCCAACUACCUGCCUUCCGCCGCCAGCGGCGGUACGGCCGCCUCGCGGCCCCCAGACGAAAAGAUCUACAUCGUAGCCGCCGCCUACCUCGCCUGCAUGCUCAGCGCCUGCCUCCUCGUCGGCAUCGGAGUCGACUCCCUCAGCAGGUACAAGGAGGGCCAGCGGCAGGGCUCGGGAACCGGCCUGUCCGGCUUCGGGCUGCUCGCCAUCACGCUGAAGCUGCUCAAGGAGCGCGACCAGCUGCUCAUGCUGCCCAUCAUCAUAUUCCUCGGCUUCGAGCAGGCGUUCAUAGGCGCUGAUUUCACCGCUUCGUACGUGACGUGCGCGUGGGGCGUGGAGAACAUCGGCUGGGUGAUGAUCUGCUACGGCGCGUGCAACUCGGCGUCUGCGCUGGGCGCCAGCUGGCUGGUGAAGGCGACGGGCCGGCUGCCCGUGGUGUGCGCCGCGGCCGCCCUGCACGCCGGCCUGCUGGCGGCGCUGCUGGCGUGGCGGCCGCACGCCGACGACCGCGCCGUCUACUUCGUGCUGUCCGGCGUCUGGGGCGCCUGCGACGGCGUCUGGCUCGCGCAGAUCAACGCGUUCUGCGGCAUCCUGUUCCCAAGCCGCGAGGAGGCGGCCUAUAGCAACUUCCGGCUGUGGGAGUCCGUCGGCUACAUCAUCUCCUACGCUUACAGCGCCUACCUCGUCACCUGGGUCAAGAUAGCCAUCCUGUACGUUGUGCUGGGACUGGGCAUGGCCGGCUACGUCACGGUGGAACUGCUCUUCAAGCGCAGGAAGACCGACAAGGAGCUCCUUUGACGCGUGUAAAGGAAAGUGUGGUACUUUUAUAGGAGAGAGGGAAGUGGCGGGUGGAGAAGUUUUCAAUCUCCAGCUGACUACAUUUUUCUCCAGUGUACAUCUUACUUUCUGUUUCGACAUCCUUUGUAUCAAACUUGAUCCAAGUUUGCAUUUCUCCAUUUAGUGAAAGUUACUGGUAAUAGCUAAUUCAUCAUGGAGCGUUUAUGGUGAUAUAACAGGCAAGUAAAAAGAAACACGUCGACAGUUUCCGUUACUUCCCAGCGUGCCCCAGUAUUAACGCUUUCCUCCAGUGAUGGUAGCAAAAUACCUACACAGAAUGUAGGACAAUUUUUCUAAGAGAAUAUAUUCUCUGUUUUAGAAUAGCGCACCAUCCAUGGACACUGAUGAUCUAGUUUACUAGUCACAGCGGUUUUCCUUAAGCUCAAUAUCGGAUAAAGUUGGUUGUUUGUUGGACUGCUCUUUUAACUCAUAGCAAUAAAUAGGUUUUCACAGUUGACUUCCAUCCAUCAUAUGUCUUAUUUUUACAUUUCCUAUACUACUUGAGAUAUAACACUUUUCAAUUAGCUGCAAGUAUUUCACCAUAUUAUUUAUUGAACGGAGUAGGACGCAAAACGGAAACGUCGUUUUGCUUGUUGCCGACUAUUCCUUACAGCUCCACAGCGGGAGAGACAUUCAGAACGACACUCGAGCGACUGAGAUGUGUUCUGCACAUCCUCAUACUUGAGGUUAGCCGAUAUCUGGGUAAUCAGUUUCGCUUGUGCACAUUUUAGACCACUGUGGAAACCUACCCAGCUUCUCUCUUCUUUUACGAGAAACAUUCAGUUCGUAAAUUUCAGACAUCAUUAAGAGUUUCCCAAACUGGUGAGACGCACGGCAAACAGCAGCUUCAAUCACGUGGUUUCACAUCAUGAGUAAUGACUAAUCGGAUAAAGAAUACAUUGUGGAUUACACGCUAGUGCAGCAGUAGAAGAAGAUAUAAUAGCAAUUGAAUCGUCUGAAGAAAUACUGACAAAUUUUACGGAAAAGCACAAUUCUCAAGAAUGACUGAGCCGAUAGUUUUUAUAUUCCUGUCGGCGAAGAAUCAAUUUCCUUCGAUAUACUUAAGGAUGUUAACAGUUCCUAACAUGAACUUGCGUAUUGUGUCGAAGCUCAUUUAGGCGACUAAUGUUAUGUGCAUUUAC